GCAGUCGCCGCCCAAACUCGCAGUUUUUUUUCGCGACUUGGUUGAGUCUCGUUAGGGUUUAGGCGACGGCGACGGAGCUUGUUUUUGUUUAGCGUUUGAAGGAGAUGGCAUCCUCGGCGCUGCAGAUUUCCAUGGUCGUUUCUUCGAGAUCCUCCGAUUUCUUAGGCAGCCACUCUUUCACCGCCACCAACAGUUUGAGGUCUCGGAAUGUGUCUCUUCCAGGCAGAAUGCCUGGAGUGUGCAGGUGCGUGUCAGCUCCUUCUGCGGAAGAGACCGCUUUCAAGACAAAGGUUGCAAGAAAUGCAAAUAUGGCUAAACUUCAAGCAGGUUAUUUAUUCCCAGAGCUUGCUAGAAGGAGAUCAGCACACAUGUCGAAGUACCCGGAUGCAAAAGUUAUAAGCCUUGGCAUUGGUGAUACUACAGAACCCAUUCCGGAUGACAUAACUUCUGCCAUGGCCAUGAGAGCACAUUCUCUUGGAACUUUUGAAGGUUAUAGUGGUUAUGGUGCUGAACAAGGGGAUAAGAAACUAAGAGCUAAUAUAGCCUUAACAUACUACAAAGACCUUGGUAUUGAAGAAACUGACAUAUUUGUAUCAGAUGGGGCAAAGUGUGAUAUCUCUCGGCUUCAGCUUCUUUUUGGAUCUCAAGUGAAGAUGGCCGUUCAAGAUCCCUCAUAUCCUGCAUACGUGGAUUCUAGUGUUAUCAUGGGGCAAACUGGUUUAUUUCAGAAAGAUAUUGAGAAAUAUGCAAACAUUGAAUACAUGAGAUGCGUACCUGAGAAUGACUUUUUCCCUGAUUUAUCAAGUAUCUCACAAGCUGAUGUCAUCUAUUUUUGUUCACCAAAUAAUCCAACAGGAUCUACAGCAACGAGAGAUCAGCUAACCCAACUAGUUCAAUUUGCAAAGGAUAAUGGGUCAAUUAUAGUUUUUGAUUCUGCGUAUGCUAUGUAUAUUUCAGAUGACAGUCCUCGUUCUAUCUAUGAGAUCCCUGGGGCAAAAGAGGUAGCAAUUGAAAUAUCAUCAUUUUCCAAAUAUGCUGGCUUCACGGGUGUUCGCCUUGGCUGGACUGUAGUCCCGAAGGAACUGCUUUUUGCUGAUGGUUUUCCUGUUGCGAAGGAUUUCAAUCGUAUUGUAAGCACAUGCUUUAAUGGUGCGUCAAACAUCGCACAAGCUGGAGGUUUAGCCUGUCUCUCUCCUGCGGGUUUAAAGGCCAUGCAAAACACUAUCAACUUCUACAAAGAGAAUACCAAGAUAAUUGUCGAUACCUUUACUUCACUCGGCUUCAAUGUUUAUGGUGGGAAGAAUGCUCCCUACGUCUGGGUACAGUUCCCCGGUCGAAGCUCAUGGGAUGUUUUCACAGAGAUUCUUGAGAAGGGCCAUGUGGUUAUUACACCCGGAAGUGGAUUUGGACCUGGAGGGGAGAGCUUUAUCAGGGUCAGUGCUUUUGGUCACAGAGAGAAUAUUUUGGAAGCUGCCAAAAGAAUCAAGCAGCUCUACCAGUGAGACUGAUGGUUGUUAGUCGUCAGUAUUACUGCUAACUUAUUGGUCAUUAUUCAUCUCUGAUGCCUCCAAGGGAGCCCUAAGAACAAAUAAUGCAGUCAGAUGACAAAUUUUCGUUUCUAUAAAUUCUCUAUAACUUCUGCAUCAAA